AUGACAAAAGCAACAGCUUUGGCUCAGUGGCAGCAGUUUCGCGCCAAUACCCAAGGCAUAGACUUCGUUUGGGUGUUUUUCACAACAUACAUUGGCACCAAUCUGGUCCGCGUGGUUCCUGUGCCAGAGUUCAAGCGAUUGUUGGAGACUGGCCAAGGAAUCUCGGUUCCGAAAGUCAUACUUCAUGUUCUCCCUCACGACAAUGUGGCAGAUGGUGGGACCCUUACGGGGUCAUUCUGUCUACAACCUGAUCCGCGAUCCCUUUCCCCCUACUUUGAUUCAAAUAAGGCAAUUGUCAUGUGCUCGUGGACCGACAAAGAAAAAACGCCGAUGGAAGAAUGUGCACGCUCGAAGUUAGAUGCUCUGACGCAUUUGAUUGAACAGAAGUCAACCUGCUCAGUCCUGGUCGGAUUCGAGCUAGAGUUCUCUCUCUUACGAGAACGCACACUCCCCAACGGACGAAUCGAGUAUGAAACAGUGAAUGUUGAUCAUUCAUGGUGCAGUAUGACUCGUGAAGACGAGCUUCUACUUGGUGUUCUGGAGGAAGCCGUACUCGCCCUGCAGAACAUUGGAAUUAUGGUCCAACAAUUUCAUGGGGAAUUAGGUCCUGGUCAAUGGGAAAUUGUUCUUCCCCCAGGCUCCCCACUGAAAGCUGUCGAUUCUCUAGUCCUUGCUCGACACGUACUUAUGAAAGUUGCGAGCAAGCACGGAUAUAGAGCGACCCUUCAUCCCCGAUUAUCAUCUGAACAGCCCGGCACCGGUUCCCAUGUCCAUAUAUCCCUCAAUUCUGAAAAAGCGGAUCUAUCGACAGUGGAAUCAUUUUUCGCUGGUAUCCUCGACCAUUUUACUUCCAUUUCUGCUUUUACGCUUCCCCAGGAAAUCAGUUACGACCGAGUCGUGGGAGGCAUCGGGAGUGGGGGGGACUAUGUCUGCUGGGGAUGGGAAAACAGAGAGACGAUCAUGCGACGAAUUACUAAUGAGCGAUUUGAAGUUAAGAUGAUGGACGGACUAGCCAAUCCUUAUCUGGGACUCUGUGCAUUGCUAGCAGCUGGACUAGAUGGUUUACUGCAAGGCUCGAUCCUGGGAGCAGGCCCUUGUCCUUCCGAGCCUAACAAGAUGUCAGACGAGGAACGAUCUGCGUUGGGCAUUAGCACUAAGAUGCCUGGUGACCUGGCCGAAAGUCUAAAGAAUUUGGAGGCAAAUGAAGGUCUCAAGCAGAUUCUGAGUGAAACUCUGGUGUCAACGUAUCUUGAUGUUAAGAGAUGCGAAGUGGAUGUUGUGCAAAAGAUGACUCCCGAAGAGCAACGUACAUGGUUCAUUUCGAGAUAUUGA